AUGGUUAACGAGAAAACAGGGUUCAGAUCCCGUAAAAGAAGAACUACACGGGCGUGUGAGGUUUGUCAUGCUAGAAAAGUGAGAUGCGAUGCGCAUGUGCGAAUGCCAUGCACUUCGUGCCAGACGUUUGGACUCGUGUGCAGACUAAGGGUCGUGAAAAGGUCCCGUCACAAUCACAACCAGGACAAUGUCCAACAGGACCAGCUGGACGAAAAAGACAAAGUGGCAGUCGCUACUGGCUCUCAACGUCAACUCCCACCGGAUGACCAUCAACCCCAUCGUCGACCGGAAGACGAACAAAGCGUCAAAGAAGCAGUUUCCAAUGGGAUGCCCUACGGCGACGAUUACUUACGCAAAAGAGGCGUGGAACCCGGCUUUUUCGUGGAUGCAGAACGUAGAGACCGCGAUCGCGUGCAUGUGUAUUUCGGAUCCUCCAGCUUCCUCAGUCUGUUAACAGGCUCUUCUUUCCCGGACGAAUCGCAUUUCGUGUCUGCACAAAAACUCCGGCAAACCUUGCCACGCGAAGGCGAGGGAAACCCGCGUGUCGCCAACAUGGAGAUGCUACGAAUCUCUGGAGCGUUUUUACUUCCCUCUAAGACCAUUUGCGAUGAGUUGGUCAACCUUUAUUUUGUUUGGAUUCAUCCACUCAUGCCCUUAAUGGACCAAACCGGGUUUCUCAAAGAAUACGAGUCCAAUACUUGCUCGAUUUUCCUGUUACAAGCCGUAUUAUGUGUCGCUGUCAAGCUAUCCAACAACCCACAGCUCAUGGAUAAAGAUGGGUCCACAGACUUGGCAUCCAACAUUUUCUACGAGCGUGCCAAGUCGCUCUACGAUGGUAGAUACGAGGAGAAUGAAAUCGCUUUACUCCAAGGUAUGAUCUUACUCAGCAAGCAGGCAUUCCACGAAAAAAAUCUCAUUCAUUCGCCUUUGUACUUUAUGAAGAGCGCAGCAACGAUUGCUUUUACACACGGACUUCAUCGAUCCACAGAUUUCCAUCCUACAUUGACCAACAAUGAAAAAAAGACUCGCAAACUUAUCUUUUGGGUCCUCUACACACUGGACACAUUUGCCUCUAUUUCUAUCGGUCGCCCCCAGGCUAUCAAUCUCGAAGACUGCGAUAUCCCAGUUUUGACGCAUGACGAUUUUGUAUUCGACGAACAGGACCCACGGCAUCUCCAACCUUUGGACUAUCGAGACUGUGUCAUUUGCACCGUUCAAAUCGCAGAAAUCAUGUCCAGAAUCUCACGAGAACUCAAUACACCUAUAGCAACUCACAGGGACAAAAGAAGUCUCAUCAGGCAUUUUGAUAUUAUUCUUCAACGCUGGCGCAAAAACUUACCGACAACUUUGAGCUACAGCUCCAACGCCGAAAUAUUCACCAAACAUUCUUUGCCCAAAGCCUUUGUCAAUGCCUUUUAUUACAAGACGUUGUGUCUUUUGCAUAAAUCCAAUAUCCACGACAUGGAAGCGGCCAGUGACGAACAAUACGUCUCGGCAGGUAUUGCCUUCCAAGCCGCACAUUCUCUAAGCUUGAUAGGCCAAAUUCUUUUGGAUCGCAACGAAACCGGUUACUUAUACGUGGGCCAUGCAUAUUGUUUCUUUGAAGCCAUGAUCAUCUUCGUGCAUCAUAUGCACGACCCGGAUUCGAUCUUUAGAGAAAUCGCUCUUAAAUGCUACCAUGUACUCGAAAGAGUUCUUUUCACACUUGGGAAACAAUGGAAUACAUGUACUCUUCUGGGUCAAGUGCUUUUCGCUUUUGGCCAAAACCCAGAAUACAUUCGCGCUGUCAUUGCACGAUUUAAAGCCAAGAUAAAAAGUCAGAAAAAUACCUGCAUACCCAUAGAGGUUCCAAGCCCAGCCCGCAGCCUCGAUUUAGAACUUCAAAAGCUUUCUCCUGCAAACGCUACCCAUUGGAAUAGUCCACCUUUACAGCAGCCCGGUGGGAUCAAAGAUUACAAUCAACCUUUCGGCGUAUAUUCACCAUUCCCGUCAGGUCCACCUCGCCCGCAGGUGCAACCAGUUUAUCAUGAUCCUGCUAUGAAUCUUGCUCCAUAUACCGGCUCCAAUGCGUUUUCUUCCUACAUGCCAGUUACCUCGACAGCACCGCCAUCUAUUCCAUUACCAGCGCCGCCGCGCGACUUCAAUUUCACAACUACAAACGUAUCGUAUGGGGUUCCACCCACACAAGGAUUUGAUCCACAUCAUUUGUUCCCGGACGUGUCUCAACCUUUGCCGGCUGAUUUCCAUUUUGACAGCUAUGCAGAGAAUCCUCACGGACCUGUUACCGAAAACAAGUCUAGUAAUGAAGCCAAUACGCCGCAAUCAAGUCUGGUAGGUGAUUUUUCGGAUGGAAACGCGUUUGGCUCUGGGGGCCAGGAUACACCAAUGGGACGAAGGGGAUCAUCCGAGAAAAGAGCAAAAACGCCUAUUGAGAAAACUUCCAUUCCUCUUCCACCAGGAUUUUGGGACAGCGUACAAGUGAAUUUUAACUUUUUCAAGACUCCACAUGAGAGCACUCAACCUUGGCCAGUUCAAUCUCGAAAUGAAGCUGCAAACCUUAGCCUCUCAUUGAGUGAUGCCGAGAAUGUUUAG